AUGAAACGAGUGGACUUGAACAGCAGUGUUAGUGACGAGGAGUUGGACGUGAUGGUGUCUGAUAUUCAUCGCCGAUUCCCCAGCACUGGCUACAAGAUGAUACUGGGUCGCUUGAGGCUUUCACUGCGAACCAUAAGACGAAGAUUGUACUCCGUCCCAGCUCCCAACAGUCUGUGGCAUGUUGAUGGGAACCAUAAGCUUAUACGAUGGAGAAUGGUUGUGCACGGAGGUAUUGAUGGGUUUUCACGACUCAUUGUUUACCUGACUGCAGCGACAAACAACAGAGCCCAAACGGUUUUGGAGAGUUUCCUGUCUGCAGUGGAGCAUUAUGAUAUCCCCUCUAGAGUCCGAUCCGAUAAGGGAGGGGAGAACAUCCUGGUGGCACGCUUCAUGAUUACAAGUUGUGGAGUGAACAGGAACAGCCACAUUGCAGGCAGAAGUGUACACAAUCAAAGAAUUGAGCGACUAUGGAGAGAUGUAUUUGAAAAUGUCCUCAGUCUCUUUUACACCACUUUCCGUCGUCUGGAAGCUGAGGGAUGGCUUAAUCCAGACAAGGAGAACGACCUCUAUGCUUUACAUAGAUGUUACAUGCCACAUAUCCAAUCACAUCUGCAACAAUUUCAGAGAGCAUGGAACAACCAUUCAUUAAGGGAGAGCGGUCACUGGUAA